AUGCAAGCGAGCUCAGGCUGUGGGACACUGCAAGCGAGCUCAGGCUGUGGGACACUGCAACCGAGCUCAGGCUGUGAAACACUGCAACCGAGCUCAGGCUGUGGGACACUGCAAGCGAGCUCAGGCUGUGAGACACUGCAAGCGAACUCUGGCUGUGGGGCACUGCAACCGAGCUCAGGCUGUGAAACACUGCAAGCGAACUCAGGCUGUGGGACACUGCAACCGAGCUCAGGCUGUGGGACACUGCAAGCAAACUCAGGCUGUGGGACACUGCAAGCGAGCUCAGGCUGUGGGACACUGCAAGCGAGCUCAGGCUGUGAGACACUGCAACCGAGCUCAGGCUGUGGGACACUGCAAGCGAGCUCAGGCUGUGAAACACUGCAAGCGAACUCAGGCUGUGGGACACUGCAAGCGAGCUCAGGCUGUGAAACACUGCAAGCGAACUCAGGCUGUGGGACACUGCAAGCGAGCUCAGGCUGUGGGACACUGCAAGCGAGCUCGGGCUGUGAAACACUGCAAGCGAACUCUGGCUGUGGGACACUGCAAGCGAGCUCAGGCUGUGGGACACUGCAAGCGAGCUCGGGCUGUGAGACACUGCAAGCGAGCUCAGGCUGUGAGACACUGCAAGCGAGCUCAGGCUGUGAGACACUGCAAGCGAGCUCAGGCUGUGGGACACUGCAACCGAGCUCAGGCUGUGAGAUACUGCAAUCGAGCUCAGGCUGUGAGACACUGCAAGCAAGCUCAGGCUGUGGGACACUGCAACUGUGCUCAGACUGUGAAACACUGCAAGCGAGCUCAGGCUGUGAGACACUGCAAGCGAGCUCAGGCUGUGAGACACUGCAAGCGAGCUCAGGCUGUGAGACACUGCAAGUGAGCUCAGGCUGUGAGACACUGCAACCGAGCUCAGGCUGUGAGACACUGCAAGCGAGCUCAGGCUGUGGGACACUGCAACCGAGCUCAGGCUGUGGGACACUGCAACCGUGCUCAGACUGUGAAACACUGCAAGCGAGCUCAGGCUGUGAGACACUGCAAGCGAGCUCAGGCUGUGAGACACUGCAAGCGAGCGCAGGCUGUGAGACACUGCAAGCGAGCUCAGGCUGUGGGACACUGCAACCGAGCUCAGGCUGUGAAACACUGCAAUCGAGCUCAGGCUGUGGGACACUGCAAGCGAGCUCAGGCUGUGAGACACUGCAAGCGAACUCUGGCUGUGGGGCACUGCAACCGAGCUCAGGCUGUGAAACACUGCAAGCGAACUCAGGCUGUGGGACACUGCAACCGAGCUCGGGCUGUGAGACACUGCAAGCAAACUCAGGCUGUGGGACACUGCAAGCGAGCUCAGGCUGUGGGACACUGCAAGCGAGCUCAGGCUGUGAGACACUGCAACCGAGCUCAGGCUGUGGGACACUGCAAGCGAGCUCAGGCUGUGAAACACUGCAAGCGAACUCAGGCUGUGGGACACUGCAAGCGAGCUCAGGCUGUGAAACACUGCAAGCGAACUCGGGCUGUGGGACACUGCAAGCGAGCUCGGGCUGUGAAACACUGCAAGCGAACUCAGGCUGUGGGACACUGCAAGCGAGCUCGGGCUGUGGGACACUGCAAGCGAGCUCGGGCUGUGAGACACUGCAAGCGAGCUCAGGCUGUGAAACACUGCAAGUGAGCUCAGGCUGUGAGACACUGCAACCGAGCUCAGGCUGUGAGACGCUGCAAGCGAGCUCAGGCUGUGGGACACUGCAAGCGAGGUCAGGCUGUGGGACACUGCAAGCGAGCUCAGGCUGUGAGACACUGCAAGCGAGCUCAGGCUGUGAGACACUGCAAGCGAGCUCAGGCUGUGGGUCACUGCAACCGAGCUCAGGCUGUGAGACACUGCAAGCGAGCUCAGGCUGUGAGACACUGCAAGCGAGCUCAGGCUGUGAGACACUGCAAGCGAGCUCAGGCUGUGAGACACUGCAAGCGAGCUCAGGCUGUGGGACACUGCAACCGAGCUCAGGCUGUGGGACACUGCAACCGAGCUCAGGCUGUGAGACACUGCAAGCGAGCUCAGGCUGCGGGACACUGCAAGCGAGCUCAGGUCGUGAGACACUGCAAGCGAGCUCAGGCUGUGAGACACUGCAACCGAGGUCAGGCUGUGAAACUCUGCAACCGAGCUCAGGCUGUGGGACACUGCUAGUGAGCUCAGGCUGUGGGACACUGCAAGCGAGCUCAGGCUGUGAGACACUGCAACCGAGCUCAGGCUGUGAGACACUGCAACCGAGCUCAGGCUGUGAGACACUGCAACUGAGCUCAGGCUGUGAGACACUGCAAGCGAGCUCAGGCUGUGGGACACUGCAAGCGAGUUAG